UAUAUAUAUAUAAGUUUGUGUGUGUGUUGUACGUGUUUUAAUGCGCUGGAUGCGAAUGUGAAGCCGCCUCGCAUUGUAAGCCCGAAUCUAAGAUAUUUUGUUGUUGUUUAAAGACAAGUCGGCAUACUCCACAUCCAGCCAACGAGUGCGAAAGCGAGUGCGAUUGCGAGUACGAGUUCGAGUGGGGAGAGGAAGCGGCAGCAUUGAUUUGGAUUUUCGUUCACAACCCGUUUUAUAAUAACCGCUAAAAUUGUGGAAAAACAGGAGAAAACUCCCAAGCGGAAGAAGAAGGCUGCAGCCAGUAAAAUGUCUGCAGUUUAUUCGCCGCAACCGCCGCUGCAGCAGCCGCCGGCUCAGCAUCCGCCGGGAUCUGUGCAGUUGCCGCCGCCGCAAGCGCCGCCGCAGCAGCAGCAACAACAACAGCAGCAGCAACAACAACAGCCGCCUGGCACUGGACAAGGGCCGCCAGGUGGCGUUAAUGUUGGGCCUAUGGGACCAAUGGGUGCGAUGCGUGUUGGCCCCGGCCCCGUUGGCAAUCCGGUCGGUGGCGUCGGCGUUGGCGUCAUGAUGGGCACACCACCCAAUCCGAAUGCCCAGCGUGGCGGCGUCCCAGCGCAGCAGGUAAACUCGGCCCAGAUACAAAAGAUGCUGGAUGAGAAUUGCGGACUGAUCCAGGCCAUACAGGACUUCCAAAACAUCGGCAAAUCACAGGAGUGCAUGAGCUACCAUGUGGCAUUGCACAGGAAUCUUGUGUAUCUGGCCCAACUGGCCGAUCCCCAAAUGAACAUUGCCCAAAUUCUGCCGCCGCCGCAUUUAUUGCAAACGCAGGCCAUGCAACAGGGCAACCAGCCACCGACACCGCAUGGUAUGACUGGCGUACCGCCGCCUGGACAGCAACAGCAGGUGCAGGGUCAGCAGGGCACACCGGGUCCGCCGGGGCCACCGGGCAGUGUCAUUCAGUCACAGAUGAUGCAGCAUGCCAGCGACGCUGGCAUUGGUCCCGUACAAAUGCCGCCCUAUCCGGGACAGCAGCAACAGAAUACACAUCCGGGAAUGCCGCCAAACGCUCAACAGCAAUCUCAGCAACAACAGCAGCAACAGCAGCAGCAACAACAACAGCCAGGCCAGUCGUUGCAGCAGUCGCCGCAAGUUAGCCAAGCCGGCCCACAGCCACAGGCCGCAUAUCGCAACGUACAGGCCGGCGCUGGCCAGGCUCAAGUCGUCGCCAAUGCAGCGCCCAAUCAACAGCAGCGGCCAAACAAUGGACCGUUGCCUCCCGGACAGAGUCAGGCACCGCCAUCCCAACAACAACAGCAGCAGCCGCCCAACCAGCAACAGCAGCCACAACAGGGUCCGGGAUCGGUGCCGCCACCACAGGCACAGUACCGGGUCAGCUAUCAACAGCAGCAACAACAGCAGCAGCAGCAACACGGCCAUUAUCCGGGCUAUCCGCCGCAGUCGCAGCCGCAGUACCAGCCACAAAAUGCGUAUCCGUAUGGGCCACCCGGCCAGGGCUAUGGUCCACCGCCGCCAAAUGCUCAGGCUGCAUACCAUCAUGCCGGCAUGCCGCCAACAUCGACAGCAGCGGGCGGACAGGGUGUCGUACAUGCCUAUCAACCAAAUCCUAAUGCUGGCGGUGCGGCUGGCGGGAGUCAGCAGCAGCAGGCGCCGCCUCCAGGUGCAUACCCGCCACCACCACCCGGGCAGCAAGUGGCGCCCGGGCAGCAACCGCCACCGCCGCCAGGACAAAUGUACGGGCCACCACCAACAGCUGGCGGACAGGCAGGACCACCUGGACCGCCUGGACCACCGCAAAGUGUGCUGCCCAAUCAGUAUGGGCCGCCGCCACCUCAAAAUUCUGGUGCAGUGGCGCCCGGACCGCCACCCAUGGGCUAUGCUGGCUAUCCGCCUAAUCAGUACGGGCAGCAGACUGGUGCGUCCGGUGCACCGCCUGGCAACUAUGGACCUCCGCCGCCAUCGAGCCAAGGACAGUCGCCGUACCAGGCGUACCAGCAGGCUGGCAGCGCACCACCUGGCAGCUAUCCGGGUCAACCGGUGCCCUGUCCACCAAACGCUCAGCAGGUUAGCGUGGCGGGAGCAAAUGCUGGACCACCACCACCACCGGCCAGCUAUAGCACAGCGCCCAGCCAGACACCACCGCCGCCCCAGCAGCAGCAGCAGCAGUCGGUGCCCAAUCAGCAAUCGGGCAAUCCAAAUGGACCCAACACGCCUCAAUCGACGCCUCCGCCGCCAACAUCAGUCAGCGGUGUGCCGCCAAAUCAGCAGGCGCCCGGAGCGGGAGCUGCCCAGCAGCAACCGCAAUAUGCGCCGCAACAACAACAACAGCAGCAGCAACAACAGCAGCAGCCGCUGCAGCAACAACAACAAGGACAGCCGGGUCAGCAGCUGAGCGCCGUUGUGUCUGGUGUAUCACCGUUGUCCACACAACAGCAGCCAACAUAUUCGACGCCUCCCACCAGCGUAGCUGGCUAUGGAACACCACAGCAGCAGCAGCAGCAGCAACAACAGCAGCAACAACAACAGCAGCCACAGGGUGGUCCACCACCACAACAGGGCGGACCACCGACCGGGGGACCACCGAAUUCGAGUGCGCCAUCACAACCGAAUGGUGCAACGCCACCAAUGGCACCAAAUCAAUAUCAGCCAGCGCCUGGUGCCCAGCCGUAUGGAGCACCACCGCCACCGCCGCCACAGGGCUAUGGACCGCCGCCGCCGGGCAGCGCCUAUCCGGGCCAUGGCUACCAUCAGCCGCCGCAGGCUGGUGGCUAUGCUCAGUAUCCGCCGUCGCAGGGCUAUCAGGGCUAUAGGCCGGCGCCGGGCGGUGCACAGAUGCCACCACCGGGCGCGCCACAAGGACCGCCGCCAGCGGGCGCAUAUGGCUACUAUGGUAAUCAGCCGCCACAGUGAAUACUCGGUGGCAACGAUUUACUACGAAAUGCGUUUAAAAUAUGCUAGCAACAAUAACUGAGAAAAACAAAAACAAAACAAAAGAAAUCAAAAAAACACACACGCACCACUAAAUGUUCCUUCUCGCUCUAUCGUUACUGUUCCUCUCCCUCUCUCUCUCUCUUUCUCUCUCUACACCUUCCUAUCCGUCUCUCUCUCUCUCUCCUCCCAUUUCCCCCACUCUGUCUCUGUCUUGUGGCAUUUGCGAAAGAUGCGUGUGCUGCGUGUGUACGAAAAAAUGUUCGAAGCAUAAGAAUAUUCUUCGAUAAACAGUUAGCCUUAGUUUGUAUUUGUAUUUGUAUUAUUGUAAUUGAGCCGAGCGUCGAGACGCGUCCAUUAGGCAUAUAACUCUACCAUACACAUGCGUACAUAUAUACAUUCAAUUAAUACUUCCUACUACCUACCUACCAACCCCACAUAUAUAUAUAUAUACGAUUUAAUUUCUGUACUGGUUUUAAAUGUGUGUUUGCUUAUUUAUUAUUAUUAUUUUUUUUUUUUUGUAGUAAGAUUUUGACUUGAACCGAUUGUAAAAGGUGACACUAUAAUUGGUGUUUGUUUUUAAAAUACAAAUUCACAAUAUACAAUUUACAAUUUAUAAAUUACAAUUUGCAUGCUGCAUUCAAGCGUAAGAAAUAUGAGAAUAAACAAGAUUUAAGUAGUAUAUAAUGAUCAACAAAUAUUCCAUUCACAACAAACCAACAACAACAAGAAUAACUCAAAACUAUUCAACAACACAGCCAAGGCUUUGUGUGUGUGGACGAUGAGUGUAUUAUGCGGCUGUUGUCUGCUGUCUUGUCUCAAAAGCAUUAUGGCGCUCACUAAACUCUACUCUACCCUAUUCUACAUAACUCUACUCUACUCUAGUUGUAAUUGUAAGCUGAAAGAACUAACCGAUGCUCGAUAUACUAUAUACAUACUAUACAUAUAUCGCCAUCGAUAGCAUUUAUAUCAAUUGAAACUGUAUUUAAAAACAAACAAAAAAAGAAAAGAAAAAAAAAACAGCAAUUCGCACACAUUCUACAAAAAGUGUUACACUUGUUAAAUGGGUUUAUCGUAUCCACGUCUAAAUCCCUUCUGUAUAUUCCUGCCAAAAAUAAAUCAGCUGCAUACGUAUGUCUCUCUCUCUCUCUCUCUCCCUUUCUUUUUCUCUCGCUCUCUUCACGGACACGGACAGAGCCGAAAAUCAUUUGAAAUGCAUUUUGCUGAAAAUUGCAGCAUUUUGAGUAUUUGACACUUUUUGCAGAAUGUGUGCGAAGUGCUAAUGCUAAGUAAUAGAUACGAUUAUUAUUUAAAAUACUUACAUGUGUAAAUGAAGAUCAAAACAAAAGCAAAAUGCAUUCAAUAAAGCAACGAGCUGUCUAAUUUCA